AUGCCAAGGGGAGGCCAGACCCUCAGCACAGAGGAGGAGGGGUUCUGUGUGUGUGAGACAGAGCGGGACGGGAUUGGAUGGGACGGGUCACAAGCAGUAUCUGUUUCCAAAACAGACGAGAAGCCUCCUGAUUCUGCCACAGCGAGGAAGGAUUCGGUGUGGUCCUGUGGAGAGGGAUCUACAGAAGAGGCUGAGAAACUGGAUGAUUCCAAAAGGUCGACUCUGUUCAUUGAGAGGCCCCAGAGUGGCACUGUCACUGUUGGUGGGGACAUCACCUUUGUGGCAAAGGUGGAAGCCAAGGAUCUACUACGGAAACCAAACGCCAAAUGGUUUAAAGGCAAGUGGCUGGACCUUGCAAGUAAGGCAGGGAAGCAUCUACAACUGAAGGAAUCCUUCGACAGAAUCACCAGGAUUCACACUUUUGAAAUGCAAAUCAUCAAAGCGAAGGAAAACUAUGCCGGAAACUAUCGCUGUGAGGUGACCUGGAAGGACAAGUUUGACAGUUGUACUUUUGACCUGGAAGUCAUAGAAGUCCCAGAGGUUCAGCAGAUUGAUAUCCGAGCUGCCUUUAAACGCAGUGGAGGCGAUGGUCAGGAUGAUGCAGGGGAACUUGAUUUCAGUGGAUUAUUGAAGCACAGGGAAAUUAAGGAAGAAAGCACGGAGCCUGACUUUGAUGUGUGGGAGCUGCUGAAGAACGCCCAGCCACACGAGUACGAGAAGAUUGCAUUUGAACAUGGCAUCACUGACCUGAGGGGUCUGCUGAGGCGCUUGAAGAGGAUAAAGCGAGAAGAGAAAAAAAGUGCUGCUUUUGCAAAGAUUCUGGAUCCUGCCUAUCAGGUGGAGAAGGGCGAAAAGAUAAGGUUUGUGGUGGAUUUGGCAGAUCCAACCGUGGACCUGAAAUGGUAUCGCAAUGGGCAAGAAAUCCGCCCUGGUCCAAAGUAUAUCUUUGAACACAAGGGGACGUUACGUAUGUUGACGAUAAAGAAUUGUACCAAGGCAGAUGAUGCAGCAUACCAGGUCUCGGCUGGGGAGGAGAAGUGUACAACAGAAUUGUUCGUUAAAGAGGCUCCCAUCCUAAUCACUCGAGAGCUGGAGGAUAUGAAUGAGCUGGUCGGGGAAAGAGUGGAACUGGAAUGUGAAGUGUCAGAAGAGAAUGCACAGGUGAAAUGGUACAAGAAUGGAGUUGAGCUUGGCGUUUCGUCCAAGCACCGCUUUAGGACAGAGGGAACAAAGCACUGGCUUAUCAUCCCAGAAGCAUCCAAGGCAGAUUCGGGAACAUAUUCCGUGAAAACCACAGGGGGACAGUCCACAGCAGAGCUAAAAGUCGAGAUGAGACCCCUCAAGAUCCUGCAGAAUCUAACAGACCAGGUAGUCCAAGCCGGCACCCAGGCUGUGCUUCAAUGCGAAUUGUCGUUACCCAAUUUACCUGGAAAGUGGUACAAAAAUGGACAGCUCAUCUACCCAAGUGACCACGUGAAGAUCUUUCACAAAGGAAAAGUUCACAAGCUGGUGGUGGAUAAGAUGGCUUUGGACGACGAUGGAGAAUACACCUUCGUUCCUGAAGGCUACUCGAUGCACCUGGGAGCUAAACUCCGAAUGAUCGAUCCUCCCAAGCUCCACCUUGACAGCCUGGGAAAGUCGCCUGAAAUAGUGGUUGUGGCAGGGAACAAGCUACGACUGGACAUUCCUGUCACGGGAGAGCCAGUGCCAAAGAUCGUGUGGAUGAAGGGUGACAAAGUAAUCCUGGAGACGGGGAGCCGGGUGAGGGCAGAAUCAUUCCCGGAUCACACCGCAAUGGUCAUCGAUGUAGCCGAGAGAGAUGACAGUGGGACCUACAAGAUUAUGGUGCAGAAUGAAGCAGGGGAGGACAGUGCCCAGCUGAAGAUAAAAGUUGUCGAUGUUCCAGACCCUCCUGCAGCACCGAUAGUUACUGAGGUGGGAGGAGAUUGGUGCUCAAUGAUGUGGAAUGCUCCAGACUACGAUGGAAGCUCACCGAUCUCAGGCUACGUCAUCGAGAGGAAGAAGAAGCAAAGUUCCCGAUGGAUGAGACUCAACUUUGACCUCUGCAAAGAAAUGACCUUUGAACCCAAGAACAUGAUUGAAGGGGUUCCCUAUGAAGUGCGGGUCAUUGCCGUCAAUGCCAUAGGGAUGUCCAAACCCAGCGAGCCAUCAAAGGCAUUCAUCCCUCUCGCACCAACCAGCGAACCCACACUCCUCGCUUGCGACGGUGUGACAGACACCAGCGUAUCCCUCAAGUGGCGGCCCCCUGAACGCAUCGGCGCAGCAGGCCUGGAUGGCUACCUCAUCGAGUACUGUCUGGAAGGAAUGGAUGAGUGGAUCGUGUCGAACCCUGAGCUGACUGACAAAACCAAGUACACCAUAAACGGACUCCCAACCGGUGAGAAGAUCCAUGUGAGAGUGAAGGCCGUCAAUGUGGCUGGUGAAAGCCCCCCUGUCUGUCUGGCCCAGGCCAUUCUCGUCAAGGAGGUGGUAGAACCUCCCAAAAUCCGUCUGCCGAGGCAGCUGAAGCAAACGUACAUUCGCAGAGUUGGGGAUUCUCUGAAUCUCCUGAUCCCUUUCCAGGGCAAACCAAGGCCAAAGGUAGGUUGGACAAAGGAUGGCAGUCCCUUGGAUCAAAGCACCAUCAGCAUCCGCAACACAGAUUCGGACACAGUGUUUUUCAUCCGCAAAGCUGAGAGGAAGCAUUCCGGCAAUUAUGAGCUCACAGUGGAGGUGGAGAAGAUUGAGGACAAGGCCACAAUAGUUAUUCAGAUAGUAGAGAAACCCGGCGCCCCAUCCAGCGUGAAAAUCGUCGACGUGUGGGACACCAACGUUGAGUUGGCGUGGACACCACCAAAGGAUGAUGGGAAUGCAGCUAUCACAGGGUACACGAUUCAGAAAGCUGAUAAAAAGACCAUGGACUGGUACACAGUGGUCGAGCACUACCACAGAACCAACUGCUUCAUACCCGACCUCAUCGUGGGAAAUGAGUACUACUUCAGAGUCUUUGCCGAGAAUAUGUGUGGGCUGAGCGAUGAGGCAACAGUAACGAAGAACUGCGCCAUGAUCCUGAAGCAGGGUCUGACGCUAAAGUCUCCUCAGUACGAUGACUUUGACUUUAAAGAGAUGCCAAAGUUUACUCACCCUCUUAUCGACACAGUCGCGGUGUCUGGAUAUAAUGCAACGCUGAACUGCAGUGUGAGAGGCAACCCUAAGCCUAAAAUAACCUGGAUGAAGAAUCGAAUAAUCAUCGAAAACAACCCUCGAUAUCGGAUGUUCUCCAACCAGGGCGUCUGUACCCUGGAGAUCCGCAAACCUAGCCCAUACGAUGGUGGCCUGUAUACUUGUAAAGCGAUAAAUGCCCUCGGGGAGGAUGAAGUGGAGUGUAAAAUGGAAGUCAAAGGUGGCUUCCAAUUUCGUGAGCUCAUGCUGCAGGGCAUGCCACUGAGCAUCAUUGACUUAUAUGUGGGCUCAAAGAAUGUUUUACCCCAAAAAGAGUGA